AUGCUACUAUUUUGCAUACACACUUUGUCUCGACUGCACAUUCUCAUAUCGAUUCCGCAUAAGAAAGCAUUGACCUUUGUACAAGUGAUCAAAGCUCUACUCUCACCUUUUGAUACACCACAGACCUACCUUGUCAAGCGACGGAGAUAUCCAAACGCCUUCGAGAUAACUCGCCAGCACAACCUCGCCCACUCCAGAAAGCCAGGAUGUCCCAAUUCUAGUUCAUCUGCAAUCGAGUCGGAGCUCUUGAGCGACGCGGAAUUAUCCGACUUGUCUGAGGCAUCGUCGUCGAGUUCAUCGCAGUUUUCAGAUUAUGUACCCAGUGAUGAUGUGCAGAGCCAAGCAAAAGAAUCAGCAGUCUCCUCUCCUCUUAUCACACGACUCGACUCAGGAAGAGGUCCCGCAAAAUUACAAGACAGCGAAACGACUGUCCAAUCACGAGUAGUAGAUCAACUAGUACAACCAGCCAAGAUGCAGGUGACGAUUCCAGUUCAAAGCUCGCAGCCGGCAGAUCUUUGUCUGCGGCAGGUCUUCCAGCCCUGUCGACAGGACUUGGACAGUCCCAAGACAGCACUAUAG